AUGCGAUUUCUACCACAAAGGCUUGGGAAAGCCCAGCCAAAUUUCCUGGUCCUGUUUAUCUUUCUGAUUGUCAUCGCUGCUGGAGUUUCUGCGGACCCUGCGGCUGCGGCUACCGACGCCCAGACCACCGACGAUCCCUCCACCACCUCGUCAACAUCGACUACCUCAUCCACCUCUUCUACAUCAACAUCGAGCACAACUAGUUCGAGUACGACGUCAGAGUCCUCGAGCACAUCUACAACCAUGGAUUCAACGACGACCACCUCCUCAACGUCCUCGACUUCGUCUGACAGCAGCACCACAUCCUCCGUUUCCACAACAACGGCAUCAACAACCUCAUCCGAUUCCUCAUCAUCCACCACAACUUCCGCUGUUAUCGUGACCGUGCCCCCCAGCGCCGGAGCCCCAUACAUGCAAACAUCGAACACACCAGAAGGAACAGUCUUUAUCGCCGUUGGCGCGAUUCUAGGCUUUAUCGGACUAGCCGUCCUAGCCUGGCGGGGCAUGGUCGCAUGGUCAGUGAAUCGCUCAGUACGGCGCGCCGCUCUGGCGCAGUCCGCGGAGUCUAAGCGCCUUCUGCGUGGUAGCCGUAAGAAGCGGUCCACAGCCGUGUACCCCACCGAACCAGCCAUGGACGUCUCUCUCGAUAAGCUGGGCACAGCCACUCGCGCAAGCUAUAAGCCGUCGCGACGAGUCUCCAGCAAUCAUAGUGGCUUGUUCUAUUCGCCCACUGCAGGUGGUGGGGGUGGGUCGCAUGCCAGUCUGAACACCCCUGCAGGCAACCGCAAUUCGACUUACCUUCCUGCCGGGUUCUACGCUGUUGCCGGUAGUUCCACACCCGUUCGAGAAUCAGCCAACCCGGGCUACCCUCCCAGUUCGCCGUCUCUUCCACCUACUGGCGGAUACCAUGAUGCGCCACAUAACGCGCGCCACUCGCAUGUGGGUGCAUCUACGAGCUCCUUGAACCUGAGCCAGGCUCCUGGGGGCCGUGCACCAAGCGCGUACCUGGAGGAUUUGUUCGAAAGCCAUACGUCCCCUCGAGACUCUGACUUGAGUCGUCGGUGA